AUGCUCCUUGUUUCUCCUCACCUCUCCAACUGUUCUUUUGUUGUAUCACUUGAGGUAACUAAAAUUUCAUGGCAGCACAAAUGUCAAAAGAUCCUGGAUAUCAUGAAAUCAGAGGACCAGGAAGGAGCAAAACCUAAAAAUGUUAUUAUUCACUCCUUAGUUACUUCUGUUUCUCUAACAGUUUUGGAAUCCCAGAAUACAACAAUGCAUUUUGUGACUGAAUUUGUCCUUCUGGGUUUCCCUGGUCAAAGGGAGAUGCAGAACUUUUUCUUCUCAUUCAUCCUGGUGGUCUAUCUCCUCACCCUACUGGGGAACGGGAUUAUUGUCUGUAUAGUGAAAUGGGACAAGCGUCUUCACACACCCAUGUACAUCUUCUUGGGAAACUUUGCCUUCCUAGAGAUCUGGUACAUUUCCUCCACUAUCCCAAACAUGCUAGUCAACAUCCUCUCUGAGACCAAGACCAUCUCCUUCACUGGCUGCUUCCUCCAAUUCUAUUUCUUUUUUUCACUGGGUACCACAGAAUGUUUCUUCUUAUCAGUCAUGGCCUAUGAUCGAUAUCUUGCCAUCUGUCGCCCACUACAUUACCCCUCCAUCAUGACUGGGAAGCUCUGUGUGAUCCUGGUCUGUGUUUGCUGGGUGAGUGGAUUUCUCUGCUAUCCAGUCCCCAUUGUCCUCAUCUCCCAACUUCCCUUCUGUGGACCCAACAUCAUUGACCACUUUGUGUGUGACCCAGGCCCACUGUUCGCACUGGCCUGCAUCCCUGCUCCUUCCACUGAGCUCAUCUGUUACACCUUCAACUCACUGAUUAUCUUUGGGCCCUUCCUUUCCAUCCUGGGAUCUUAUACUCUGGUACUCAGAGCUGUGCUUCGUGUUCCUUCUGGUGCUGGUCGAACUAAAGCUUUCUCCACAUGUGGGUCCCACCUAAUGGUGGUGUCUCUAUUCUACGGAACACUUAUGGUGAUGUAUGUAAGCCCAACAUCAGGGAACCCAACAGGAAUGCAGAAGAUCAUCACUUUGGUAUACUCAGCAGUGACUCCACUCUUAAAUCCCCUUAUCUAUAGUCUCCGAAACAAAGACAUGAAAGAUGCCCUAAAGAGAGUCCUAGGAUUAAGAACUAAUCCAAACUGA